AUAUUGGCUGACCUGGAAAACCAUGUGCUUUUUAAAGAUGACCUAGAAUGUCAGAAGCUUAUUCUGGAAGCCAUGAAAUAUCAUCUUUUGCCAGAGAGAAGAACUCUCAUGCAAAGUCCAAGAACUAAGCCUAGAAAAUCUACAGUUGGGACACUUUAUGCUGUUGGAGGAAUGGAUAACAACAAAGGUGCUACAACUAUUGAAAAGUAUGAUCUCAGAACAAAUAUAUGGAUUCAGGCUGGAGUAAUGAAUGGCAGGAGACUUCAGUUUGGUGUUGCUGUCGUUGAUGACAAACUCUUUGUCAUUGGAGGCCGGGAUGGCCUAAAGACAUUAAACACUGUUGAAUGUUACAACCCAAAGACCAAGGCUUGGACUGUGCUACCCCCUAUGUCAACACAUAGGCAUGGCUUAGGAGUUACAGUGCUUGAAGGGCCUAUUUAUGCAGUGGGAGGACAUGAUGGUUGGAGUUAUUUGAACACAGUUGAGAGGUGGGACCCUCAAAGUCAGCAGUGGACAUUUGUGGCAAGUAUGUCAAUUGCCAGAAGCACUGUUGGAGUAGCAGCAUUAAAUGGCAAGUUAUAUUCAGUUGGAGGCCGGGAUGGAAGUUCGUGUUUGAGUUCAAUGGAAUAUUAUGAUCCUCACACAAAUAAAUGGAAUAUGUGUGCUCCUAUGUGUAAGAGAAGAGGAGGUGUAGGAGUGGCUACAUGUGAUGGGUUUCUUUAUGCAGUGGGAGGCCACGAUGCUCCUGCUUCUAACCAUUGUUCUCGACUACUUGACUAUGUAGAAAGGUAUGAUCCAAAAACUGAUACAUGGACAAUGGUGGCUCCACUAAGUAUGCCUCGAGAUGCUGUUGGUGUCUGUCUCCUUGGUGAUAAAUUAUAUGCAGUAGGUGGUUAUGAUGGUCAGACAUACCUGAACACUAUGGAAGCAUAUGACCCUCAAACUAAUGAGUGGACACAGAUGGCAUCCUUAAAUAUUGGAAGAGCUGGUGCCUGUGUUGUAGUCAUCAAACAACCAUGACUUUGUCAGCCCUGCUUAGGAUUUUACUGACUGUGAAAUGAUUAUUUUUCUAUGAAACAAAGAGAAUGAUAACUUCAUGAGAACAAGGAUUUACACAGUGAAUACUCUGCUGAUCACAAACUUGAAGCAGUUUGAAAGUGAGAAAGAUUAAGUGUUUAUGUCCUAUAAAAUCAUAAAAACUGUUUGCAGUCAGUGAACAAGAAAAAAAACCCAGAGUGUUGUGGGCGUAAAUAUGUGAAUGUGGAGUAGCAAGCUCAGGUUCUCAUGAAUGUGUCCUGGAGAACUGGAUUACCAAGGGAAAACUUUACACAAGGAGGAGAAAGGAACAUGAAAACAGUUUUUGUGGCUGCAAGAGAACUGCAGAAAUAUUAAAGUACAUUUAAUAAAUUUUAAACUGUGUUUUUUGAAAAAGAAAUGUGGAUAGUAAUAUAAUUUUUUUCUGUCCAGGUCAUGUCCUCAAAUGAGUUGUGGCCUUCCCAUUUAAAUGGGCAGUUUGAUUCUUACUGAAGGGAAGAGGUCAAAUGGUCUGGAUAUUCCUAAUGGCUGAGCUAUCACUCUAUAGUAGGAAGAAAAACAAAACUAAAAGUAACCUUCUUUUGUGACUUCAGAUUGUAUCUCCUUGCCAGUUUUAACUCAUCUUAAAUGAAUCUACUGAAUGGGAAGACUAUGUGUUUAAUCAAAUAAUAUGUAAAGCAAUCCCAUGGCUGCACUGGGGCUUUGUUGCAAAUAUUUGAGUCAAAAAAACAGUUUCCUAAUUCUUUCUUAAUCUUAUAUUCAAUUUAAGCAUGUGGGCUCUAAUCUCUUUGUUUAAUACGUUCUACUGCAUGUUGGAAGCUCAUGAAAAGCUGGAAAAUUGAUAAUGUCUUUCACUGCAUCAUGUAACAGAUGAACCUUGACCAGAACAGUCUAUAGAACCUCUUCAAACAUUUCAAGAGGGAGAAAAAUCCUACAUUUUAUUUCUUUCUAAUGCUCGUAAAUACACGGUUUUGCCUAAUUAGAGCUGGCAAUUUACCACUUUCCACUUAUGACUGAGAAUAAAUGACAGAAUAACUCCAAGUAGGCAAUUCAGAAUAAAUGCAAGUGAAAUAAGGAAAAAUAUGCCAUUUGAUCUAAUAAAGUUCAUAUGGUAAAUAUACCAGUAUCAUCUGUGCUUCCCUUUAGGGUGGAUAAUUUCUGCCAGUAAUGAUACUUUGCGCUUUUGCUUUGGGAGUAGAUUUAACACAGAUGCUUUCUGUCUGCUCAGCUGGAUCAGCUAGAACCUAAGGCCAGUAAUGGAAUAUGAAAUUCUACUACUCAGGGAGGCACAGUUUCUGGGAACGAUUCUACCAAGUAAACUUCUUUUAAGCCCUGCUGAUUCUUUAGGAAACAUUUCAUGGUCCAAAAGCAGAAACCUGAUAAUCCUCUGUCACUAGCAAUUUUGAGAAGUAAUUCUGGUUGCACUGAAACCAGUUUUCCAAUGGAAACCUUUGAAGCCAUUUGAGAUGAAAAAUAUACAGCUUCCAGCUUGGACCCUUUUAUUUGAAGAUAUGUCUUUCUAUCUAACAGCAUCAGCAUGCAUGGAAAUCUUUGUUUACUGAUGCAAACUGAACUUCAGUUCUGAAGCCUAAGUAUAUCGUAUUAAAUCUUUUAAAUACCUCUCUGUACUAAUUUGAAAUGAAACAAAAAAUCUUCAGUAUUAGUUUUCUACAGCUAGUUGGCUUUUGAAUCACAAUUAGUCUUCCACAGACAAGCACGUCUCCAACCACAAGAAGUUGCUGAAUGAAAGAUGUUACCUCUCUAAAGAUUUUGUCUCACAUAAACAUAAGCUUCUAAGACCAAAUGAAGAGGAUUCUAGCAUUAUAAUUGUAAUAUUAAGUAUAGACAUUGGCAUUUGAUUCUCCUACAUGGAUACGUAAUGAACUUAAAAACUGAAUUUUAAUUUUAUUCCCAGAACUUUCUUUUGAUUACAUUAUAUUCAUAUGCAAUAGAAAUAUGAUUAUUCUACCUACAUAUUGAUCUUCAAAAUUGGAUUAUCUCUAUUAUUUGUAUUCUGUGGCAGAUUUGUUUUCUGUGCCUUAUUCAUUCUUAUCCUCAAUUUAUCUUCUCUUUUAUUUUUGAUUCUCAGUUGCCUUUUAUUCUUUUUCAAUUUGCCUUUAUUUUGCCAAAAUGGAACAUGAUUCUCAUGUGAAAUUUUUCAGGCUUUUCCACUUCUCUAAUGCUGAAAGAAUAAAAUUAUUAUUUGUUUUAAUUUGAUUAUGUAAAAUCCAGCCACAAUAAGAGCCAAAAUUGGCUUUCAUAUUCUUUUUAUAAAACUGCAUCAGUAUGCUCUGGAGUUUUUCUAGAGAGAAUUUGUAGAAAUUUUUUUUUUUUACUAUUAUGUUUACUGUUAUUAAAAAUAAUAAUAAUUUUACCUUUGUUUUCACAGGGAAUGCAUUUAAUUUGAAGUAGUCUAUAAUUGUAGUCUUGGUUUCUGGGAUUCAUUAAGACCUAUUUUUUAUUUAUAAGAGUUAAAAUCAGUUCUGGCACACUGAAUUGUGUUAAACAAUAUUACAUUUACAGGAAAUGCUGUUGUCUUUUCAUGAAACAGAUAAUGUCAUUGUUAAUGAUUUAGCAUGUUUUCUUUUAUCUCACAUAAUUUUGAAAUCAUACUUGAAAAUUGAUUUCAAAGUAUUAAAAUCGGAGUGGAAUCAGAACUGCAAAAAAUAUUAGUUUCAGGGAAAUGAAUAACUGAAUUCCUCAAAAUGCGGUUUUUAAAUUUUGUUGUUUAAUGGUCUCAAGUAUGUUCUCAAAUGUUAGCUUUUUCUCUAUCUUUCCAACUUUUUUAUUUCAAGAGCAUCAAACAGCUU